ACAAAGUGACACAGAACAGAGUGCAGAGCAGGGCUCCUGCACACACAGCAAGAGACCAGCAGAGAACUAAAGGGACAUUUACAACCAUUCCUCUAGGACAAGAAGAAAUAACUGACGAAAAGGGGGGCUCGCUUUUGUAAGUGAGAAGAGGCCAUCGAUUUCAGAACCCAGAGCCACAAGCUGCACAGCAGACCAGGACCUCGACAAACCUGUGCCUUCUGUGAAAGAGCGAUCUGCUCGCUACCUGUCGAGAACAGCAGCUGUGAGCCCCAGAGCCAGCCCUGUAAAGCCAGUUGUUUUGACACAGGAGAGUGCUAUUGUUUCUGAUAACACGUCUAAAGCAAGGAAGAUGGCAGAGAACACCAAACAAACACAGGUUUCAAAAACAACAAAUGGCCAUAACCUGGAAGAAGAUUUGCCACCCCCUUCACCACCUGGACCCCAGCAGGAAUUGUUGGCCCCAACUGAAGAGCAGGACCCAAGCUUCAUACCAGUACCCCCUCCCAAAGAAACCUUCUGCACUUUCUAUCAACAGCAACAGAAGAACGAGCUGAAGAGGCUCUACAGGCAUAUGCACCCAGAGCUGAGAAACAAACUUGAGGUGGUUGUGAGCAAGGAGCUGGAGGAUAUGAUGAACUCAGACCAAAUCCAAGCCCUUGCAGCUGCUGAAGCUGGGCUUCAGGGGGAGGUUCAAUCCAUGCGUUGGAUAUUUGAGAACUGGAAGUUGGACUCCAUUGGAGAGCACCAUGCUACUAAAAAGAUGCUGGAGGACGAAACUGUCCCUGGUGGAAAUGUGAAGGGCACCUCUUCCCUAUUUGAACACCAGUCCGAACAAAGCACCCUACUCUCCACCUCAAAAACAGCAUUCGAGAACGAACAAAUAAAAGGGGCCGUUCACACAGCUACAUGGCUGUUUGAGACACAGCCGCUGGACUGCUUAAACAAACUGUACCCAGAGGAAGGUGAAAUGGUGGAGGCGGUGCUUAAAGAGCCCAUGCAAAGAGGAGACGUGAAAGGAGCACGGCUUCUGUUCGAGUCCUGUCCUUUAGAUGCACUGGGGCGCUGCAACUCUGUGGAAGAUCGCAGCAUCCUGAAGCUGAGAUCUGAAAUACAGGAACAGAAAGGGGAUGUUCAAAAAACCCUGAAACUCUUCCAAACAGAGCCUUGCUGCGCCAUUAGGGAUGGCACUGGGAACAUUUAUGAAAUCAAGUCCAUAUGCAGAGAGGAAAUUCAGAGCGACAGUGUCAAGACAGCACGCUGGCUGUUUGAGACUCAGCCCUUGGAUUUAAUAAACAGGGACAGAUCAGAGGUCAGGAUCAUUAGGGGAAUCUCCUUGGAAGAGGCACAAAAGGGAGGGGUUGAUAAGAAAAGAUGGAUGUUUGAGACUCAGUCUUUGGAUACCAUCCAUGAAAGCAUCCAACAGGAAAAGUUCCAAGCAAGCACAGAGGUAGUGGAAAGGGCUGAUGUUGACAACAAACGCAUUCUCUUCGAGACCCAGCCACUAGCUGCACUUAAAGGGGAAUGUUCAAAGGACACUUCCUCCAAUGAAGAGAUAGUUGGAGGGGAUGUGAGAUCAACCAUGUGGUUGUUUGAAACACAGCCCAUGGAAAACCUUAAGGACCGCUUUGAAGUGGGACGUUUAAAGAAAGUGACUGUUACCGAGGAUGAAAGGGGAACAGUGAAGGAAAGAAAAGAAGUGUUUGAGACACGCCCUCUGGAUAGUAUUUGCAAAGAGGCUUCUCAUGAAGAGAGCAGUUCCAAUGGCCAAGAGAUAGAAAAGGGUGAUGUUAAAUCUUAUAAGCAUCUUUUUGAAACGAUUCCUCUGAGCAGCAUUUCUCAUACUGAGAGUGAAUCUAUUGCCAAGCAGGAAGAAUUGAUGAAUGGAAACGUCAAGGACAACAGAGCUUUGUUUGAGACCAACCCUUUGUAUGCAAUUAAGGACAGCACUGGAAAUUACCAUGAAGUGACCACAGUAAGCCGGGAGCAGGUUAUCAAUGGGAAUGUCCAAAACUACAAGUGGAUGUUUGAGACAAGGUACCUGGAUCAGUUUGAGGAAGGAGCAGGGAAAGUUGAGAUCAUCAAAGGCAUCACCAGGCAAGAAGUGCAAGCUGGGGAUGUCAAGACAGCCAAAUGGCUUUUUGAGACUCAGCCACUCGGCUGUAUCCAUAACCAAAUCAAUCCGACGGAGGAACACUCAUCUGUCAAAAAGGAGGUUUCAGAAAAGGGGAAUGUCAGGACCUGCAGAUGGCUGUUUGAAACACAACCCAUGGAUAUUUUAUAUGAGAAAUCUGAGAUGAAACAAGAAGAAACCAUACCGAAAGCUGACGUGAAAUCCCACACUUGGCUCUUUGAGACCCAACCUUUGGACACCAUAAAAGAAACUUCUGAGCAGUAUUUGAAGGUAUGCAAUGUCUAUCAAGAUGAUGUGAAGACCGUCGAUGUGAAAACAGUAAAACAUCUUUUUGAAACAGAAUCGCUAGACAGUCUCGCUGAGCAAGGUGUUAGAUAUGUUAGCAAAGUGGAUGUCCAAUCAGGAGAUGUAUCUCGAGUAAAAGAAAUCUUUGAAACAAAGUCUCUUGACACAAUAGGUACAGCCUCUGUAAAAAUCAUAGAAGCUGAAGACAAAGAUGAAAGCAUCCAGUCGGGAUCGGUUCACAAGUUUACCUGGCUUUUUGAAAACCGUCCCAUCGAUACCAUUAAAGAAGUUGAAGAGACCAGUGAAAACAGGCAUGUCUUAAGCGAUGUUAAAGGUGGAGAUGUUGGCAAUAAAAAGUUUAUUUUCGAAACCUUUUCCUUGGACCAAAUUCACAAUGAGGACAAGGUGAUGGAAUACAAGUCAGUUCCCACCGAGGAGCUGCUGAAAAAGGGAGACGUGAAGUCCUGUACAAUGCUGUUUGAAACCCAGCCUCUGUACGCAAUCAGAGAUGAAGAAGGACAGUUUCAUGAAGUCACCACAGUAAAGAAGGAGGAGGUCAUGAGUGGGGAUGUAAGAGGUGCCAGGUGGAUGUUUGAAACAAAGCCGCUAGAUGCCAUUAAGCAGCAGGAUGAGAUUUUCGUGAUCCGUGCUGUCACACAGGAGGACAUUCAGAAGGGUGAUGUUAAAACAGCUCGAUGGAGGUUUGAGACACAGCCACUGGACUCCCUCACGACUGGAGAAAAGCCUCCAGUGAAGACCGUUGAAGAUGUCCAAGAGGGGGACGUACAGUUAAACAAACAACUCUUUGAAUCUCAAGAUGUCAACCAAAAGAAGUACGUGCGAAUGGUGAGCGUGAGUGAUGUUCAACAAGGGGAUGUGAGGACCUCAACCUGGCUGUUUGAGAAUCAUCCCAUCGACACCCUGAAAGGUGAAUUCCAGGAAAGUGCGUCUGUGCAAACCGUGCACAGAGAAGACAAUCAGAAAGGAGAUGUAAAGAGGUCUACGUGGUUGUUUGAAACACAGCCAUUAGAUGCUCUCAAAGAGUCUGAACCCAGUGUCAAGAUUCAGGAAGAAAUGCCCCGGGCAGAUGUGAAAAGUACAACUUGGCUAUUUGAGUCGACACCCCUUGAUAAACUUAGUUCAGUAAGCACCACUGAAACUAUGGAAAUGGUGGUGGAGAGCGUGAGAAAGACUUUACAUUGUCUCUACAACUUCAACGCAAUACGGUCCCAUGGUAUUGUUAUUGAAGCCAACAAAUGUCGGAGUGUAAAAAUGGCAAAGUAUCAGCUAAUAGAGAGUCAGGGCCCAGUGAUUCAGAAGGAAGAGGUUGUUGAAGGGGACAUUAAAGGAAUAAUGCUGCAGUUGCUGCACAGGACAAACGUAGAGCCUCAGGGAAUUCUUGUUAAAGAGGAUGAGCAGGGAAAUGUGCAAGUAACACAACUAGAGCUAUGUGUGAGCCAACAACAGUCCAGUGAAAAGACUGAAGGGGCACUGAUAAAGACAGAUGUAGCUCAAGCUAUUGACAAUCUUCUCAGCCAAGAUACAUCUGUGACAAAAGGAAUCCUAAUCCAAGAAACUGAAAGGGGUCAUGCUGAAAUGACCAUUUAUUCCCUCUUCAGUCACCAGGAAAGCAGGGCAGAAAGCCAAGAGAUCGUCAAAGGCAAUGUGAAAUCCACCAUUGGCAGUCUUUUAGCUACAACACAAGAGCACAAGACUGCUGCCUCAGUCAGGCUGGGUCAAAGCGAGAAAGGAAAUGUUCACUUAUAUAGGAGCUGCAUUGAGAAGGGAGACCUUAACUAUCUGAAGAACCUUCAGGAGGAAACCUGUGAGGAUGAUACUGAUUCUCCUCCCAAGGAACAGAUUGAAAUUGUCCAAGGGGAUGUGGAGGGUGCUAAAAGGCAUCUCCAUCAACAUAAAGAGCAGGUAGAGAAAUCAGUCAAGGACAUAGUACCAGGGAACAUUAAGUCCACCAAACAAGUGUUCUUGUCCGAAAAUGUGACAGAGCAAAGCAGUGUUCAGAAAGAAGAAAUCUUACGUGGGGACAUCACUGCUGCUAAGCAGUCACUAGGACAGGCAAUGAGUCAGCCAAUUGUUGUAGAAAAAGAGGAAAUUGUUUCUGGGGACAUUAAGGCAACACUGCAGUCCCUGGAGCGUGCGAAGAUUCAGAGCAAGCAGCUGGAACGUGAAAUCAUUGUUCCUGGAACAAUAUAUGAUAUAACAGUCCCACUGGAGGAAACAGGUUCCACUACAAAUGGGAAUGAGGCUGUAGUGCUUGUCACAGGAGAUACCUGUGCAGAAAAGCAUGGCAUAGAGCAGGGCAAUCAAGCAGCAACAUGUCUUGUAAUGGAAGAUGCACACAGUUCUGAUCUUCAGGCAGCAAUGCAAAGCCUCCGCCAGGCAACAGCUGAAGCAAAAACUGUCCAGCACCAUGUCCAAGAGAGGCACCAUGCAGUUUCUCAAGCCCAUCGAGAACAGCACACUCAACACGUUGCUCAACAGAAGACCAGUGUUCAGCAUGCAAGGACUGUGCAGACAUCCAUGCAGAUGCAAGAAACUGUUGAGCAAAAUAAACAACUUAGCAGUGUCACAAGGGUAGAGGAAUCUACCUGUGACACUGUGUCCUCCAAAAGCCAGCAGAAGAUAACAGCAACACAACAAAAGGUCAGUGAUUCUGUGGCGAUUCAUCCAAUUGGAGCUUGCCAGCAGAGUGAAGUUGCAAAGAGUGCAGAUAAUAAUAUUUAUGAUGGGGUUUCACAGCCAUUGGCUGCUGUUGUAAAUCCCUUUAUAAACUCAGAUUAUGAUGUGCAAUCAUCACAAGAAAAGUUAGAACAAGAAAUUGCUGUAAGAGGAGAUGUAAAGGCUGCUAUUAAAUCUCUGCAGAAUGCUGCAGCAGGGCAGAGACCAGUAGAUAAGGAAGAUGUUGUUCGAGGUGAUUUGCACGCAACUCUUCAGUCUUUGGAGAAAUCUAGCAUUAAUGUUUCUAAAGGAGACUAUAAAGCAGCUAUGAUAUACAAAAAUGCAAGACAGUCUUAUUCAGUUGGCACAAAGAAAAACGACACUGAAUCUGUUGUAGUUUCAGUACCUCCAUCUGACACUGAGCUUCCUCCUCCAGUUGCUGUGACUGACAGGGAAUGGCAGCCUUCCACAACACUGAGUGAUGCAACUGUAACCCACACCUGUAAGGAAAACAAAACUAACGACUCUACCAAUUCUUCCACAUUGGCGAAACAAAGAGUUUCACAGAUCCCUCCUCCUCUCCCUCCCAAGACUUGUGAAAAAGCACCAUCCCCUAAGCCAGCUGUUCCACCAAAACCAGAACACUUGGCUGCGGGCUCCUCUGCUGCACAAGCAAAGAGACCUAGUCCUCCACCAAAGCACCUUAGAGAAGACCAGCUAGCUCCAAUAAUUCCUCCAAAAGCCCAACGACAGCUGCCAGCAAAGUCCACUCCACCUCCUUUACCUCCUAAGCCUUCCUGCUAUCAGGAGACCACAAUGACCAAAUCUGUAGAAACAUCUGAAAAUGAGUCUUUCCGUGCCGAGGUCUCACGGAACUCCAAACACAUGGAAAUGCACUGUGAGGCGUCUGGGGUUCAGUGUGUCAUUGGAAGUGCAGCUGUUAGUACCAAAAAAGUCAUUAAAACCCCACUUCAGCUAGCAGAGGAGAAGUAUAAACACAGGAAGGAAGGCCAAAGCAAGGACAAUACUUCAAAUAAAGAGCUGACUCAGAAGUCAAAGCCUUCAACUGUAAACCCUGAGACUCGUGGUGAAGUAACUGAGAAGAUUGAGCAUGUGCCCCACAAAACCCAAGCCACUGAAGAAAUGCAAGGAUUUAUGCCAUCGUAUUCUGAUGAUAGCACAACCGCAAAUGAAAUGCAUCAGAGUUUUCAAACUGCUCUUAAGAGCUUUGGAGGAAGGAAGACUGGCUCUGUGCAUGUAAGCCCACCUGCUGAAACAAAUAAAGGUGUCUUUGUGACUGCUCCUGCAUUGCCAAAGAAAGUAAAGAUCUCCCAAGCAAAUGCAGCUAACAGAAUUUGUAAGUCAGAGGGAAAAAGAUGCACAGAACAAGAGGAGUCCAUUACACAACAGACGUAUAACCAGGCUCUACAGCGUACCACUGAAGAUACGAGCUCUAAGCAGGGCUCCAAGAUUCAGUCUGAAAUCCAUACACCAUCAGUUCAGGUGAACUUCAAUUGCCAGCCUGAAGAACAGAUUGAGCAACAAGAAAACAAGGUCGUUUUAAGAAAGAAGAAAACUGGAAGAGAGACUGAAGAUGAGCGACGCCAAAGACUGUCAUUCCACAGGGAUGAAAUAAUAAGAGGAAACGUCAGCGCAGCGAUGGAUAUUUUUGAAAACUUGAGGAAACGGGAGGAACUUCAGAUAAUUCUGUCAAAAGUUGAGGAAUUUGAAGGGGAGACUUUUAAGGUUGAUGUGAGAUCACUGAAGAACUUGUUUGAGAACGUACCUGAAUGGAUUGUGGUUCCCAGGGACAAGGUCAGGCAGAUUAAACCGAAAGAGCAAAAGAAGGUUGAAAGGAUUGAGCCAAAGAAAGAUGAUACAGAAAGCGCUUCUUCUGUGGAGCUUGUGUUUGAGGAUCUUGAAAGGGCAAGUGCGGAAAUAAUUCACCUGAAGGAACAAACAUUAGCAAGACUUAUGGACAUAGAGGAAUCCAUUAGGAAGGCUUUAUUUUCCGUCUCUAAUUUGAAAUCGGAGUCUGACAUUGCUGGGCUCUCGGGUCUAUUCAAAGAGUCUUUGGGAACCGAACAAUGCUCAUCCUCCUCCAGUAAUAUUAGAAAGAUUAGUAUCAGCACCAGCAAAGCCAAAACGGAAAAUACAAAGCAGGUCUCAGGAAGAAAUAGGGAAGAAGAUGUUGUGUUGCGGGGGAAAUCAGAACAGGUGCAAAAGCCCACACUAGAAAUCCCAACCAGUAAACCCCGAGCCAGUUCUCCAUCAUCACCUUCUUAUAUCUCCAUUCAGUCAGCCGCUAGAAAAACAAAGGUGGCCCCGUCUGAAAAACAAGGUGCGGCUGACUUAACACAAAAUAACUCUUCAAAUACAAGGCCCGCGGGGUGUGAGCCUAGAAAUGGUGACGUAGGCAGACAUUCAGAUCCUUUGCAGCAGGCAACCCUGAACAAUGUAUGUAGCCCACUGAACCCAAGAAGACAGAAAAGCGUGCUUGAGUUGAAAACGGUUCCCGAAGCCGCAGGAAGAGUUGGUACAAAGACCGUUACCGAAAAAUACGAAGAGACAGAUUGUUUUGGAAACAAGAUCAUUACAUCCAAGACCUCCACGACUGUCACCAAGCAGUCAGAAACGAACACCUCCUCCACAUACGAGGUGGUUGCCAACCCAGCUGUGUAUGAAGUCAUGACAUCCCCUCUUGUGAAAAGACCCCUUCGCCACUCAGCAGAAAACAGAGUCAAUGAAGGCGGUAUGGUGUGUGUUACGUUUGGUACACCAAAAGCAGGCAAAAAUCUGCAUUGAUAAUACUUUAGCGCAUAGGCUGCUAGAAGAUUCCUUAGAAUAUGUAUGUAAUCUUCUGACAUAUUCAUGUGUUUUAAAAUAUAUGCUGUAAAUGUUUUAGUUUCACUGAAAGAUAUGUUUCAUAUACUUUCUAACUUUUAUUUAAUAUAUGUUCUAUAUACUUUUAUUUAUAGACUUACAUGACGAUUUUCAUUAUGUUACGGGCAGCUUUUCCUGUAUCUUUUGUAUCGUUACAAACAUAUUAUUAAAUCUUUAAAAAUAUA